AUGUCUUAUUCUAACAAAUACACUUUUGCGGCCCUGCCGAGGACACAGCGUGGUACGCCUCUUGUCUUAGGAAGUGACCCGAAAGGAAAGAAUUUUCUGUAUACAAACGGAAAUUCUGUUAUAAUACGAGACAUCGAGAAUCCGGCCAUCUCUGAUGUAUAUACAGAGCAUUCGUGCCAAGUGAACGUCGCCAAAUAUUCACCCAGUGGUUUUUACAUCGCUUCUGGAGAUGCGUCCGGAAAGGUUCGAAUUUGGGACACUGUAAACAAGGAGCACAUCCUCAAAAAUGAGUUCCAACCAAUUGGUGGACCGAUUAAGGACAUCGCGUGGAGUGCCGACAGCCAGCGUAUGGUCGUCGUUGGCGAAGGCCGAGAAAAGUUCGGACACGUCUUCAUGGCGGAAACUGGGACCUCCGUGGGUGAAAUCAGCGGACAGUCGAAACCUAUCAACUCGGUCGACUUCAGACCGGCGCGCCCGUUCAGGAUCGUGACCGCUUCGGAGGACAACACGAUCGGCGUGUUCGAGGGACCCCCGUUCAAAUUCAAAUGCACCAAACAAGAGCACACUCGUUUCGUGCAAGCAGUCCGCUACAGUCCCGAUGGAAGUCUUUUCGCUUCCGCUGGGUUCGACGGCAAAAUAUACCUAUUUGACGGUGCCACUUCCGAGCUUAAAGGCGAGAUUGGUUCUCCAGCUCAUAAGGGUGGUGUGUACGGUAUCUCUUGGUCUCCGGAUGGCAAGAAACUGUUGUCCUGCUCUGGAGACAAGACCUGCGCGAUUUGGGAUAUUGAGACCAUGCAGCGGACAACUACUUUCAAUAUGGGCAAUGCUGUUGAAAAUCAACAGGUAUCAUGCUUAUGGCAAGGCAAGCAUUUGCUCUCGGUGUCAUUGUCCGGGGUGAUCAACUACCUGGACGUGGAUAACCCGGAUAAGCCACUUCGUGUAUUGAUGGGACACAACAAGCCCAUCACCUGCCUUGCUCUGCAACCGACCACCAAAACAGUCUUCACCGCCAGCCACGAUGGAUGCGUCACUUCCUGGAACACUACAACCGGUGAAGGUCGUCACAUCGGAGGUGCAGGCCACGGGAAUCAGGUGAAUGGAAUGUGCGCGGGCAAAAAUGGCUCCUUGAUAACUUGUGGCAUAGACGACUCGCUGCGAUUUGCUGUUCCCAGCGCUGAAGGUGAAGUGCCUUCAUACACUGACAAAUGUGUGCCUUUGGGGUCCCAGCCUCGAGCCUUGGACCAUAUAAUGGAUGAAGAUAUGACAAUUGUUGCCACUGUUAAAGAACUACUGGUCCUAGCGGGCAGCAGCAAACGGUCAAACUUGCCUGUGAGCUACGAACCGAGCUGUGUUGCUAUCGAACCUAAGUCCAAGCACGUCGCUGUUGGUGGUGCGGAUAGCAAAGUACAUAUUUACUCUCUGGCAUCCGGCUCGCUGUCGCCGAAGACUGAACUGACCCAUCUAGGACCUGUGACGGAUGUUCGCUACAGUCCAGAUUCUAUGUAUUUAGUUGCCAGUGAUGCAAAUCGAAAACUUAUCCUGUACAGCGUUGAUGAAUAUAAGCUUGCCCAUAAUAAAGAAUGGGGCUUCCACUCUGCUCGUGUGAACUGCGUCGCUUGGUCUCCAGACUCGAAGAGGAUCGCUUCUGGCUCUUUAGACACCAGUAUCAUUAUAUGGAGCGUUGAACAACCAGCCAAGCACAUUAUUAUUAAAAACGCCCAUCCACAAAGCCAGAUCACAGGGCUGACGUGGUUGGAUGACGAGUCCGUGGUCUCAGUGGGUCAGGAUGGCAACACUCGCGUGUGGAACAUACCCAAAGCUUAA